AUGACUUCUCGGGACGCGAACAUCGACGGUGAAGACCUCACUGUACACGCAUGCUGCGCGCCCAUCCAGAACCUGGCUCGACCUAUUGAUUUCAGUGAACUAGAGUACGUGACACCGGAAUGUUUGCCUUACACAGGAUCCGGACCAGUCUCAUAUGAUAUCUGCAGUGACGAAGACGAGCGACCUUUCUUUCACUGGCCCAUCUUUGGCCCGCUGUUGGUUGAGAACGAAAGCAGUGAUGCGCGUGACCAUUGCGCCAACGAGAGAACGUUUCUCUCGUAUCUUCGCCUGUCGGUUUAUAUGGCUAUCGUAUCGGUAGCCAUCACGUUGUCUUUCCAUCUCAAGAAUGAGGCUUCACCAUUAGAACUACGCAUGGCGAAGCCGCUCGGCACGAUAUUCUGGGCUCUUUCCGUCAUGACCCUCGUUGCGGGAAUGGCAAACUAUAUAAGAACGGUCAACAAGUACAGCAAACGAGCUGCCAUUGUACAAAUUGGUUGGAAGACACAUGCAGUAUUCAGUCUCACAGCAGUAUCCAUCAUAGGAACAUGUAUUAUCCUGCUGGUUAUCGCCAAGGUCCGGGACUCAUCAUCCAACUCUUAA